AUGUGUGUAUGUAUAGAAACCUUAAAAAGCCUCAACUCAAAUAAUCAAGGACUUAGCUCAAAUGAACAAGCAUUUGGAAGUCCAUCAAAUAUGAAUGAAUCAAUGGUAUUUGGUAGUCCAUCUUCAAGUGUUUUGAGUUCAUCAUUCAAAGGUUCAAAUUCAACCUGUGCAACCAAUAAAUCUGCCUCAUCAGCAAUGUUCAGCAGACCAUUCUAUUAUGAAUAA